AUGGCUGAACAAGAGAUAUCGUUAUUAAAUAAGGUGGAGCUACGAAUUGCCUUGGCAGAGAGUAACACGCAAUUAGAGAAUGCAUUAAAGAUUUACUUACCGCCUGUUUUGUUAAAGCUUGCAAGUCCAGAUGCACAAGUACGACAAUUAGUUUUCAAAAUAAUCCAACAUGUGAUCCCCAGAAUAUCUGCAGCCAGAAACCUUAAAUUACCAGUUGAAGCAUUAAUCGACCAGGUAAAGGAUCCCAAUGUGAACGCUGGCCUUGACUCUACAUCAGUGAGAUUGUACUCGGCUUUGUUUGUUUCUCGAGGUAUUGAUCGAAUUGGAGACGAAGAGAAAAGGUCUUUGGUACUAUCAGUGAGUAAACGAAUUUCAGAAUUACCGGAAUCCAUUGCGGCGCGUAUGUUUGGCAUUUUAUGCAAAUUGCUCAAGACAUGGAAAGCUUAUGAUCCGGAUUCUGAAGAGUAUAAACAACAGAGACGAAUUUUGGCAUCAGACAAAAAAAAUGAACAAUACUUGGCUUUUAAAAUAGCUAAGGUGUUGAUGUUUACCAUGGAGUCAUCGACAAGGGCUACCAUUGGAUUGACUAGUGAAGACAUAAAGUUUUUCACAACUGAUGCUGGGGUGAGUUUCCAAAACAAUCAGGAACUUUUUUCCACAAAGCUUUCACUACUUCAAUUUUUGAAAUCUGGGUUUAGUAAUGAUCAGCUUGUGUUGCCUUUUUUAAUCGCAUCAGCAAAUCCUAUCUCGGCAAUUGGGGACCCUUCGGAGAAGUUACUCAGAGGCUUGGGUGUAAAUGUUGAUCAUGUAACCCUUUACACUGGUGUGGACCUCAUCAGUUACCUCGUUGGGAUAUUUUUGGAUAACAAUAGGUCAACACCAUAUGAUUGGAACCUUAGAUUAAAGAUUAUGCAGCUAUUUUUAAAAAGCAAUUCAAUAAAGAAUCAUAUAGAUAUUGCAGAGGUAUGCAAAAUUGGGCUCAAAUCACCAGCAUUAAAGUUGAGGAAACUUUCAACAGACCUCAUUGAUAACCUUUUAAAAGCAAACAAAAAUGAAAUUGGGUUCCAGAAUUUCACAACUGGUAUAGCGAACGAUCUUCGCGUGAGUCUUGCUGACGAAGUCGCAUCCAGUGAAAAUUCAUUCUCAAAUAAUUCAAUGCUUAAUGCAGAAAAGAGGUCAAAAUAUGAGACUUUAGGAAGUAUUCUACAAUCAGCACAAAGCAUAUUUGUCAAUGAUUGGUCAUACAUCACGUUUUUACUUGACCGUCUAGACCACGAGGAUUCAGAGGUUAAGGUGUCCAUUCAAAAUGUAUUGUCAGGUUUAUCGAGUCACUUAAGAGACAUAAGCGACUCGAAUAUGGCCGCUUUACGAGAAUUGGCUCGGGAGUAUUUCCUACAGCCAUCGACGCACACGAGUAUGGGUAAGUACAUCCUCGUAAAGUAUAUGAAUUUGGCUUUUCCUUUCAAUGAUACGUUUGCCAGGAUGUUGUGCAUCAUUGGUACUGGAAAAGAGAAUGGGCCUGAAAUUUUAGAAGAGGCGAAUAAAGGAUUGCAUCCGUAUUGGUUUAACCUUUUACAGGCCAACAAUACAAACGGAUUUGCAUCUACAUCUCAUCUAUUGGGGAACGAAACAAGUGUGACAUUUCCAAAUUUCAACAAUUUUGUAACCACUCUUGUCACUGAACUAGAGGUUUCUCACUCACCAUUAUAUCAAACCUUGCCAAGAGCUAUUGAGUUUGCUGUGCAAACUUUGGUUAUGGAAGCCAUGGGUGAUAGCAAUACUGUGAUUUCGUUGGAUGAGAAUUGGUCAGUACGUUUAGACAAAGCUUUGGAACUGAACGAUACUGUGAGGCUGUUGGUAAUCAAAAAGAUGAGUGAUUGUGAUGUUGCAAGUGGAGUGAUUAAAUUAUUGACUAUUUGUUUUGAUGCUCUUGUUGCACAAUCUAAAAGCGAUUCCAAAUUCACUCGCAGCAAAUUUUAUGCUCAAGCUAUCAGCAAAUUGCUCUCCUUCUCAUCGUCUGAGGUUGUUGAUUUAUGCUUGGAUAGACUAGACGAGGUAGCUUUACUAAUUCGUGAAACCCACAUACGUGAUGAUUCUAUGAGUGAGAUUUGCAAAAUUUUGGGGAUCUUGGGAAGUCAUCCGUCAAACAAAGAGCAAAACGUGAAGCAACUAUUGGGAAAUGUUCAUACUGUUCAAAAUAAGUCUGUUUCCACAUUAGCGGAAAGCUAUAUCUUGUCGAGAUUGUCCGCCAGGGGAAGGCACAGUCUUAUUUCGGUGCUGGAAAUCAAAGCAUUACUCGCAUCUAUUGUGGAGAUGUGUCAACACCAAUCAACUUAUCCAAUUGCAGUUGAGCUGAUCUGUCAAUUAUCAAUGUAUGGUACACUCAAGGAUAUCAUGAAGGAAGAAGUGGAGCAGUACACAAAGAAAAUCGAAUUAAGCGUUCGCGCAAAACUGAAAAAGUUUGACGAAAGAAGCGUGCUAGCUUUGGGAUAUCUUUCGUUAUUAUACAGUCACAACGGAUUCAAAGACUUGACUGAAAAUGAAAGAGCAAUUUACGAGUUCCACAAUUCCAAAGAAAUAGAGUCGAUUUUUGGCUCUGCAGAAGCAUUCGUUAUUACAUCAUCAGGCUGGAAAUCCAAGCUUUUGCAGCAUAAGCUCGACAUACCCGAUGUGGAUGUAGAGCAAUUACCCAAUGACACAGCAAGGUUACCUAUCAUUUUAAAUGCAAUCAUUGCAGCUUGUAAGGAUACAAAGCCUUCGUUGAGACGAGCUGGCUGUAUUUGGGUUUUAUCCCUAGUACAACAUUGCGGGCACUUGGAAGAAAUCAAACAAAAGUCGAUUGAAUUGCAUUAUUGCUUUAUGAGAUUUUUGGCAGAUAAGGAUGAGAUAGUACAAGAUUCUGCAUCAAGAGGUUUGGCUUUAGUGUACGAAAUGGGCGAUGCAGAAUUCAAGGAGUUGUCAGUUAAAUCUUUGUUAAAGUCCUUUACUCAAUCCGACGCAAGUUCAUACACAGCAGGAACUGUCCAAAACGACACAGCUCUAUUUGAGCCUGACAUUUUAAAGACCAAUGAUGGUUCUGUUUCGACGUAUAAGGACGUGUUGAAUUUGGCGCAAGAUGCUGGAGAUCCCAGCCUUGUUUAUAAGUUCAUGUCUUUGACAAAGUCUUCUGCAUUAUGGUCUUCACGUCGAGGCAUAGCUUAUGGGUUAGAGUCCAUUCUAUCCCAAUCCUCAUUGGACCAGAUGUUAGUAGAUAACCCAAGAUUUGCACAAAGACUUAUCCCAAAACUAUACCGCUAUCGUUACGAUCCAUUUACUGGUGUUUCUCAGUCGAUGGAGUCUAUUUGGACCUCAUUGGUGAAGGACCCUACGCGAAUCAUAAAGGAUAAUUUCGAUCUUAUUUUAAGCGAAUUGUUAACAGGUAUGGGCAAAAAGGAGUGGAGAGUUCGACAAGCGAGUGCUACUGCUAUGAGUGAUUUAUUACAAGUCGUAGACUUGAAUCGCUAUGAAGCAAAGAUUGAAGAAAUUUGGACAAUGAGCUUUCGAGUUAUGGAUGACAUAAAAGAGAAUGUUCGAAAAGAAGGUUUGAAAUUGACAAAGUCUUUGGUCACGAUUUUGACCAGAGCCUUGGAGAAGGAGUCAAAUGCUUCUAGUCGGGAAAUAUUGGGCAGGUUGAUACACCUCUUACUAGGCAACAAAGGUAUUCUUUCCGAUUCCCAAGAUGUCAAAGAUUUUUCCAUCAAGACCUUGUUAAAACUUUGCAAGACAAAAAGCAAAGCAUUGAAACCAUAUAUCGCCGACUUGAUUGAAAACUUUAUCAAUCUUUUUUCUACAAUGGAACCAGAGAUUGUGAAUUAUUUAGCACUCAAUGCUGGGAAUUUCAACAUUGACAACCAAGAAUUCGAUGCGAGACGAUUACAAGAUGUUGGGAAAUCUCUGUUGAUGGAUGCUAUUGACUUUUUAUUAACUCAGUUGGAUGAGGAAGCAAUGCCUGAGUUUUUGACUAGAUUGGAGCAUAGUGUUAAACAUAGCGUCGGGUUGCCUUCAAAAGUUAGUGGAUCAAAGGUAUUAAUGACAUUGGUUAUGAAUUAUCAUUCACUUAUGAGACCAUAUAGUUCCAAACUUUUGGAAAUUGCUUCAAGUCAAAUCAAGGAUAGGAACAACACAGUUGCGUCUUGUUAUGCAGCUGCUGCGGGGUAUAUCUGCCGUAUAUCUCCUGUGGAGGCAGUUAUCAAGUAUUCCGACAAGAUUGCGAAAAUGUACUUUAAACCCAAGGAGCCAGGAGAUGAGAGGUCGAGAAUAUUAGCAUCUAAUGCCAGCAACUGUGUCUCUAAAUACUCUGGGGAUCAAUUUAGUGUUGUUGCUUCAGGAUUCUUGCCCUUGGCGUUCAUUGGUACGUUUGAUCGGCUGGAACAGGUGAAGCAUAAUUUUGAUAUGGAAUGGACAGAACACACGGCUGGUGAUUCUGCAGUCAAGUUGUAUUCAGCCGAGAUACUUGACCUCGUGAAGAAGCAUUUGAAAUCGAAUGAGUUUUCAGUCAGAGCAACGUUGGGAAGGGCCAUGUGCCACCUCUGUGUUGCAUUUGGCGACUCAAGUCAUUUUUCUGACAACUCUAUUAAUGAAUUGAUCCAGUUGUUGAUCGAGUCUAAUAAAGGUAAGUCUUGGGAAGGUAAAGAAUACGUGUUUGGUGCUUUGAUCGAUUUCGCAAUUUUGAAUAGAGCGUACUUGUUGCUACAUCGCGACUUACUUGAUGCGGUUGAGAAAACAAUCAUCACGGAAAUCAAAAGGAGGAACAAGAGGUAUCAGCGAUUGACGGUACAGAAAAGUGGUAGGUUCAUUCACGAAAUCCAUGACCGCGAGCUUGUUGAUGUAUAUGUGCAUGUAAUGGAGGACAUUUUGCGACGUGAUACUGGUGGCAAAGAUGAUGACAGUGAUGAGGAAAUGACCGACACUGAACGAGGACCCAAAGUUGAUACUGCAAAGGAAGAGAGAGUUUUGGAGUUGUUUCAUAGUUUAGGAGUUGCAUUUUAUUACAAUGUGGAUGGUGACGUCAAGUUAUCUCAUUUUGUAUUUGAAGAAAUGCAAAAGCUCUUUCUGUCUGGUAUCGCAAUAACGUGGAGGUCUAAAGUCAAGAUAACUGAGUUGUUUAGAAAGAUAGUCAAACAAUUGCCAAGAAACAGCAAGCUUGAAUUUGAUUUGAUAGAGACUUGGAAAGUUUUGAAUGAGCAGUGUUUGAAUGUUGAUGCUUUGGAAGCGGUUAAAUUGGAGUUUAUUCGGUUAUCUAAAGAGUUAGUUCCCGUUUUGCACAAUACAAACCAUCGAUCACUUAUUGAGCUGACUUUACAACAAUUUGCCAGUACAGAGAUGUCAAAUGUAGUAAAAGUUGAAAUAGCAAAAUAG